UUUGUUAGUUUUUUUUUUUUUUUAAUGUGUCGUCGUUGGCGACAAGACAACUACUUCUCUUCCAAUCCUUUCCAAAGGAAGGAGCAAUUUAGUUUUCAUUCCAAUUGUCUGCCGCCAUGGAUCAACUCAACACCAACAACGCUGAAAACGAGGAGCUUCUCGGAAGGAAGAGAAGAAAGGAGUUAGGAUCAGUGGUUAUAGGCAAAGGGAAGCCAUUGAUAGUCGGGAUGUGUGCUACUUUGGUCUACUACCAUUGCGCAUAUCGUAAUUCAAGCAUCGUAUCACUCCUUUCCGACGUCUUCAUCGUCCUCCUUUGUUCCCUCGCCAUCCUCGGCCUCCUUUUCCGCCAGAUGAACAUCCAAGUGCCUGUGGAUCCCCUGGAAUGGCAGAUAUCUCAGGAUACUGCUAACAGCCUCUUUGCGUGCUUGGCUAAUACUGUAGGUGCAGCUGAAUCUGUUCUCAGGGUUGCUGCAACCGGCCAUGACAAGCGCCUCUUUCUAAAGGUGGUUGUCAUUCUCUAUAUGCUAUCAGCUUUGGGAAGAUGGGUCUCAGGUGUUACUGUUGCUUAUGCUGGACUGAGCUUGUUUUGUCUGUAUAUUCUUGCUGAAAAUUCGUCAUUUUUUAGCACAUGCUCCUCAAAAUUUUGCUGGAGAAGAGAUAGCCCUAAUGAUGUGCUAGAUAACACAUAAUUUCAACACUCCCUGUAGUUGGUGCAUUCUUCGUGAAGUGGACUUUUGGCACUACUCUUUCAGCAUGCAGUAUCCCUGUCAGGGUAUUCUUCAUUUUCUAUAAAACAAUUAUUGGAGUAGAUGAUGAGCAAUCAAAUAUUUGCUUGCUGCAUUAUACAAGAACGGGUGUCUACUGCACUCAGGCAAAUUCUAACUGAACAUUACGAAGGUAUAGAAAACCAAAUAAUUCCAUCAAAGCAUGCUAAAGAAAAAAAAUUAUGUAAAAACUGAAGCAAACUUAACCAUAGUCAUGUAGAACACCUUUU